AUGGCAUCGCCAGUCUACACCUCGGCUGGCAGGCAGCGUUCCCUCACUUCAAAUAUCCGCCCAGAUGCCGCCUGGAUCAAUAAUGGCCACCCUCCAUUUGAGCAUCCAAUUCCCAGUCUACCCGAUAGGAACAAUAUGGUAGUGCGCCCUAACCCAAACCAAGACGAUACCAAGUCGAUUUCCUGGGUUACGGAAGAGGUCGGCUACUUCGAUCCCGACAUGACUGAAGAAAAUCAUAUCCGCUGUGUCAGGGGUGCCAUGUACUUCAGCCACGUCCUGGCUUUCGUCAACAACCUUAGGGCUAUUUCCGUCUUCAAACCAGAAGAUGCGAUGCGCUACAAUGUUCAUGCUUGUCUAGAAUCUCUCCGUGAACUGCCACUUCAAGAGGGUUGGUGCCGUCGUCUUCUGGAGAGGUUCAGCCCAUCUGAGUACACUGCGUUGGCCGAAGUUCAUGGAAAGAUUCACACGUUCGAGGAAACGCAAUCCUGCCGGAGCCUUGUGACAUGGUCUCAUAACGUACUGCGACGCCUGCAAUGCGAUGCAAAGUACACCAAUGCCACUCAACAUGAGCAGCUGGUUACUCUUCAUGGACUACUCGACCCGGUCCUUCAGAAAAGACUCGCUCGGCCUCUUCCGCAAACAAGUAUCGCAGAGUUUGUUAAGGACCUUGACGAUACGUACCUUGAGUUGUACUACGCAGACUCUUUCAAGAGAGACGAAAUGGCAACCGAGGCUGGGAAGUCCUCCAUCUGGAUCCCAUCGGAGGUCGGCUACUUCGCACCAGACCAAACACUGACCCACCACGUCCACAGAGAACACGGCAUUCUGUACUUCCAGGACGUGUACGCUUUCGUCAACUACAUGCGAGCUAUCGCCGAGACUACCCGGGAAGACGCCAUCCGUACCAACCUCUAUCUAUGCCUUCGGGACAAAGCACUGGAAUGGUGGGUUGCCGAGUUGUCGAGUCAGGAGAGACAAAAUCUCCGCACCAAGCCUCUCGAAGACGGAUGGUUUCACAUCCUUCAAGUACGUUUCCAUCCAAUUGAAGAAGUCGCAGAUGAACAGUUGUACGAGACCAAGUAUGGAUGGGAUGCCGUGAAGGCGGAGUAUCCCGCUGUCGUGUGGGCUCAUACUAUGCUGCGACAUCAUCAGGCGAUGAAGCCUUCCAGACUCUUUGCUGAAUUGCUCGGUAUCUGGAAUGCGUUUGAGCCGGAGCUGCAGGAGGACCUUGAGAAGCCUACUGAAAACACCUCCCUUGCGGGCUUCAUGGCGAACAUCGACAAGUGUUAUAAUAAGUGGCGCUGGUUUGUAAUGACGGAUCGGAAGUAG